AUGGCAUCAAGAAUAAUAUCGAAGAGGGGAAACAACAAGGGACGACAUGUUUCCAUUCAAUCACUUCCAACGGACUUGUUAGCUGAGGUUGUUGCAACCGUCGCCUCUCAAUCUUUUCUCGACCUUCACAACGUCAAAAUCUCUUGCAAAGAUUUUCUUCAAGCUACGAAUCAUAACUACAACUACGUGCUACAAAAAGUUUCUUUGGACAAUUUUCCAUUGAUCCAAUGGUUUCCUAAUGAGAAAGCAUUGACCUUUUUGAGACGUUGUGAGGAAAGUGAAAAUAUCGAAAUCUUGUUUAGAGAAGGGUUACGUGAAUACUUUAAUUAUCCAAAUGGAAACAUUGGUGGUCUUGAGAGAUUACAAAUUGCUGCUCAAAGGGGUCAUAAGGAAGCAAUGUAUGUGUAUGGUAUGCUCUUGUUGUCUUCUGAAAAUCACGAGUCAAGAAAACAAGGAAUUGAGCACAUGCGUUCUUUGAGGAUGUCCAAAUGUAUCAUGAGUUCAAGAAAGAAGGUGCAACAUCUAACAAAAUUUUUGUGGAAAAAUAAUGGGAUGUUGGUGCGCAAUCAAAUUCCUCUAUGCAAAUUCAAGGAAACAUGUAAGGGAUGGAGAGUGAAGAAAGGUCGAUGGCUAUUAUUGGAUGAUGAAGACGAUGACAUUCAAUUGUGCGAAGAUUGUAGAUGGGAUCAUGAGUUAGAGUUCUUUUAUCAAUUAUUUAAUAUUCGCUAG